UUAGUCGGAAUAUUCACCAUCAAAUCGUCAUCACUCAUCACUGUGUACUCUUCCAUGCUUAGCGACAAUAAUGUCAAUUUCACAGGAAUAGUCUCAGAAGAGAACAAGUCAAAGAACGUCUCCUCCUUCUUACUUAUUUGCGCUUCCCACUUGGGUGAAGAUGGCAUGCAGUUGCAAGGGAAAGGUUGUCUUAUGUCUUACCAUCAUCCCAGCUUGUUCUACCCGAAUUCCUUUUCAAGUUUCAACUUCCUAACAAAUCCACCGACGCGAUGUUCAAACCGGGGCCUGAAAAGCCACCAAACCGAUACGAUAUUCAAAACCCCAACUUGGUUUACGAUAUUUUCUUAAGCUCCGGAAGCGGAACUGCCGAGUCAAUAAUCGCAUACACUUCAUGCCUCCAUGCCUCUCUUCAAAAGGCAGGGUUCUCUGUUUUCUUGGAUUAUGGUCACAGCAUCUUCUCCUCACCACUGCAAGCCAUGCAAAGGGCGAGAGUUUCUGUUGUUGCUCUUUCGACUGGCUAUGCUGGUUCCCCGAGGGAUCUGGAGCUGCUGGAGCUGAUGCUUGAAUGUCGCAGAAACUCCGGUCAGUUCAUUCUGCCGGUGUUUUUGGGAGUGACUCCGAGAGAUAUGCGAAAAGCUUUUGCUGAUUUCACAAAGAGCGUAUCGGAGAAAGAUAAGGUAGAGUGUUGGAAGGUAGCUUUGGAACGAAUCUGUCAAAUCCAAUCCUACCAGUGGGUUUACCUAAACAAUUAUAAAUGGAGUGACAAUGAUAUGCAUAUCAAGAAUGUUGUCGGAUAUGUUGGAGGCUUGUUGGACACAAGAAAAUUGUUUGUUGCUGAGUUUGAAGUGGAAGUAGGAUACCGAAUGCAAGAUGCCACUAAACUGUUGGUCCACUCAAAAUCAAAGGAGGUUCUUCUCCUUGGGAUAUGGGGAAUGGUGGGUAUUGGAAAAACAACAAUUGCCAAAGCCAUUUAUAAUGAAAAUUGUGGUAAAUUUGAGGGUAGAAGCUUCUUGGCAAAUAUUAGGGAAGUAUGGGAGCAAAACACAAUUCAUGUUUAUUUACAAGAACGUAUUCUUUUAGAUAUCCUCAACUUACCAAAAAUAAGAAUAGAUAACAUCGAAAUUGGAAAAAAGAUGUUAAAGAAAAGGCUUUCUAAUAAAAAAGUUCUUCUUGUACUUGAUGAUGUGAAUAAAAAGGAGCAGUUGAAUGCUUUGUGUGGAAGUAGUGAAUGGUUUGGUCCUGGGAGUAUAAUAAUAAUCACGACAAGAGAUAGAAGUCUACUUCAGGAUCAUAGAGUUGACCAUGUGUAUAGAAUGAAAGAAAUGAAUGAAAAUAAAUCUCUUGAACUUUUUAAUCGGUAUGCAUUCAAAAAAGCAUCUAAUACGCAAUAUCUUGAUGAACUUUCUAAAAAUGUAGUUGCUUAUGCUGGAGGAUUGCCACUAGCUUUGGAAGUCCUUGGCUCCAAUCUUCUUGGAAGCUUGGAGAGUAUCCCUGAUGGACUCAUAGACUCUCCUCAUCCUGUGCUACAGAAGGUUCUGAAAAAAUGCGUGGAAGAUUUAAAUGAUACGGAGAAAGCCAUAUUCCUUGAUAUAGCUUGUUUCUUAAUUGGGAUGGAUCAAGAAGAGGUGAUCCAAGCAUUAAAUGCCUUUGGAGACUUGGCCAAAGAUGGAAUAAAAGCCCUUGAGGAUCGAUGCUUUAUAAGAUUUGAUGACAUGAACAAACUUAGAAUGCAUGUUUUGCUACGAGAUAUGGGAAGAGAAGUCAUUUGUGAGCAAAAGGGAGGAGAUCCUGCGUCAUGGAUCUAUGAUGUGUUCUUGAGUUUUAGAGGAGAAGAAACUCGUGCGACAUUCACCUCACAUCUCUACACUUCUCUUGCAAAUGCUGGAAUUUAUGUCUUUAGGGAUGAUGACGAGAUCCGGAGGGGAGAUCGAAUCUCCAUUUCACUACUGCAAGCAAUCAGAGCAUCUAGAAUUUCUGUAGUUGUGUUGUCAAGGCAUUAUGCAAAUUCAAGGUGGUGUCUGCAAGAGCUGGAGAACAUAAUGGAGUGUCGCAGGGCCAUAGGUCAGGUGGUUGUGCCUGUUUUUUAUGGUGUAGAUCCCUCUAAUGUAAGGAAUCAAACAGGUCUAUUUGGAGAAGCUUUUCAAGAUCUUUUAAAAAGAUUUUCAGUGGAUAGAGACAAGGAGAAGAGGUGGAGAAAAGCGCUUCAUCAAAUUGGUUCCAUUGCAGGAAUUGUGAUCAUAGAUUCCAGGAAUGAAAGUGAGGAUGUCAGUUUGAUUGUUGAAGAUAUCUCUGCUUUGCUAGAUGAUACACUCUUAUUUGUUGCACAACAUCCCGUAGGUGUAAAAUCUCGUGUGCAGCAUGUGAUUAAACUACUAAACCACCAAUAUGCAAAAGAUGUUCAACUGUUUGGAAUAUUGGGAAUUGGAGGAAUCGGAAAAACAACCAUUGCCAAAGCCAUUUACAAUCAAAUUCAUCGUGAUUUUGAGGGUUCUUCCUUCCUCGAGAAUAUUAGGGAAUUCUGGGAACUAAUAACUGCUCGAGUUAAUUUACAAGAACACCUUCUUUCUGACAUCUACAAAACAACGAAAAUAAGGAUACAUAGCAUUGAAUUUGGAAAAACUAUAUUGCAGCAAAAGCUUCGUCAUAGAAGGGUGCUUGUUAUACUUGAUGAUGUUGAUGAACUAGACCAACUAAAAGCUUUGUGCUGGAGCCGUGAAUGGUUUGGUCCAGGGAGUAGAAUAAUCAUCACAACAAGAGAUGAAAGUCUACUUAGAGUGCUUAAUGUUGACCACAUAUCUAGAAUGUCAGAAAUGGACAAUGAUGAAUCUGUUGAGCAUUUUUGUUGGCAUGCAUUCAAACAAUCAAGUCCCAAAGAGGAUUUUGCUGAGCUUUCCAUAGAUGUAGUUGCAUACUGUGGAGGAUUGCCACUAGCUCUUGAGGUUAUUGGAUCUGUUUUGUUUGAUAAGAAUGUAAAAGAGUGGGAAAGCCUAUUGGAAAAACUAAAAAAAAUUCCAAAUGAUAAAGUACAGAAAAAGCUAAGAAUAAGUUUUGACAGUUUAAACGAUGAUACAGUAAAAGAAAUAUUCCUUGACAUAGCUUUUUUCUUUAUCGGGAUGGAUCGGAAUGAUGUAGUGCAUAUCUUGGAUGAAUAUGAUGCUGAAAUUGGAAUAAGUGUUCUUGUUGAUCGAAACCUAGUGACUGUUGAUAGCAAUAAUCGGCUUGGAAUGCAUGCCUUGUUGCGUGAUAUGGGAAGAGAAAUAGUCCGUGAGAAAUCACCCAAAGAGCUUGAGAGGCGAAGCAGAUUAUGGUUGCAAAAAGAAGUAUUUGAAGUAUUACAAACACAUACUGGUACCAAAGCUAUUGAGGGAGUGACUUUAAAGUUGCCAAGAAGCAAUGCAUUUUGUUUGGAGACAAAAGCAUUUAAUAAGAUGAAGAGACUGAGGUUGCUGCAACUUGCUAGUGUACAACUUGAUGGAGAUUUUGAACAUAUGUCAAAAAAUAUAAGAUGGAUUUGUUGGCAUGGAUUUCCUUACAAAUACAUACCUUCCAAAUUUUAUCAAGCAAGUUUAGUUGCCAUGGAGUUAGAAUCCAGUAGUCUUAGAUUCAUGUGGAAGAAGACCCAGUUCUUGGGGAUGCUAAAGGUUCUCAAUCUUAGUCAUUCUUAUCACUUGACUCAAACUCCAGAUUUUUCAUACUUGCCUAAUCUUGAGAAGCUAUUACUCAAAGGUUGUUCAAGUUUGUCUAUGAUUUCAGAUACAAUUGGACAUCUCAGAAAAAUUCUUCUCAUAGAUUUGGAAGAUUGCACAAGCCUUCUUAACCUUCCUAGAAGUUUUUAUGAGUUGAACUCUUUGAUAACACUCGUCAUUUCUGGAUGUUCAUUAAUCGAUAAAUUGGAAGAGGACUUGGCACAAAUGAAAUCCUUGAAAAAAUUGAUUGCGGAUAAGACUGGAAUAACACAAGUGCCUUCUUCGGAACCGAAAAGAUGGAUAUACGACGUGUUCUUGAGCUUCCGAGGCGAAGACUCUCGCAGCACAACCGCCUCACAUCUCUACAAUUCUCUUACUCAAGCCGGCCUUUACGUUUUCCGCGACGAUGAAGAGCUUCAGAAAGGAGACCAGAUCUCGCCCUCACUGAUUCGAGCAAUAGAAGCUUCUAGAAUCUCUCUGGUCAUUCUGUCGGAACAUUACGCUGCCUCAACAUGGUGCCUGGAAGAGUUGGAGAAGAUAAUGGAGUGCCGGAGAAGCAUAGGUCAGUGGGUUAUUCCGGUGUUCUGUGAUGCAAGUCCUUCAAAAAUACGCCUUCAGGAAGGUCCUAUCGGAGAAGCUUUCCGGCAGCAUCUGCAAACGUUCUCAGAGGACAAAGUCAAUCUUUGGAGGGCAGUCCUCCGCCAAGUUUGUAGCUUUUCAGGGGUGGAUCUCCGAUGUUCCAGGAAUCAAGCUGAGGAAAUCAAUUCGGUUGUUAAAGAAAUCACUAGGUUCAUAGGCAAUACACUCUUGUUUGUUGCUCAAUAUCCUGUUGGGUUAGAAUCUCGUGUGGAACAUGCGAUCAGUCUCUUAAACUUGCAACAGUCAGAGAAGGUUUUGAUAUUAGGAAUUUUGGGAAUUGGAGGAAUUGGAAAAACAACUAUUGCCAAAGCUAUUUACAAUCAAAUUCAUCGUCGUUUUGAAGGCCAUUGCUUCCUUCCAGAUAUUAGAGAAUCUUGGAAGCAAAGCACUAACCGGGUUUAUUUACAAGAACGACUUCUUUCUGAUAUCUACAAAACAACAAAGAUAAAGAUACAUAACAUUGAAUCAGGAAAGUUUAUAUUGCAGCAAAGGCUUCCUGGGAAAAAGUUACUCCUUAUACUUGAUGAUGUUGAUGAAUUAGACCAACUAAGAGCUUUAUGUGGGAGUCGCGAAUGGUUUAGUCCUGGUAGUAGAAUAAUCAUCACAACAAGAAAUGAGCACUUACUCAAAGUGUUUGAAGCUGAUCACAUAUCUAGGAUGUCAAUUAUGGACGAUGAUGAAUCUUUCGAGCAUUUUACUUGGCAUGCAUUCAAAGAAAAAAGUCCUCAAAAAGAUUUUCUUGAACUUGCUACAAAGGUAGUUGCAUAUUGUGGAGGAUUACCCCUAGCUCAUGAAGUUAUUGGAUCCUUAUUGUUCAAUAAGAAGAAAAAGUUGUGGGAAAGUGUAUUGGAGAAACUUACAAGAAUUCCCAAUCAUGAAAUACACAGAAAACUAAGAAUAAGUUUUGAUAACUUAAGUGAUGAUACAGAAAAAGAAACUUUUCUUGAUAUAGCAUUCUUCUUUAUUGGGAUGGAUCGAAAUGAUGUCAUAAAUAUUUUAGAUGAAUAUGAUGCUGAAGUUGGAAUAAGCACUCUUGUAGACCGAAGUCUUGUGACAGUUGAUAAAAAUAACAAACUUGGAAUGCAUGAUUUGCUGCGAGAUAUGGGAAGAGAAAUUGUCCGUGAGAAAUACCCGAAGGAGCCAGAGGGGCGUAGCAGGUUAUGGUUGCAGAAGGAAGUACUUGAAGUGCUACAAAAACACAUUGGUACAAAAGCUAUUGAGGGACUAACUUUGAAGUUGACAAGAACUGAUACAAUUUGUUUGAAGACUGAAGCAUUUAAGGAGAUGAAGAAACUCAGAUUGCUUCAACUUGCAGGUGUACAACUUGGUGGAGAUUUUGAAUAUAUUUCAAAAGAUCUAAGAUGGCUUUACUGGCAUGGAUUUCCUUUGAAAUAUAUGCCUUCAAACUUUUCUCAAACAAGCUUAGUUUCCAUUGACUUAGAAUCUAGCAGUCUCAAAUUAGUGUGGAAAGAGCCAAAGUUCCUUGAGAGGUUAAAAAUUCUCAAUCUUAGCCAUUCUCAGCACUUGACACAAACCCCUAACUUCUCAUACUUGCCUAAUCUUGAAAAGCUGUUACUCAACGACUGUCCACGUUUGACUGCAAUUUCAGAAACCAUUGAACAUCUCAAAUACAUUCUUUUGAUCAAUUUGGAAGAUUGCACAAGCCUUCAUAACCUUCCAAGAAGUUUCUAUAAGUUGAAAUCUCUUAAAACUCUCAUUAUUUCGGGAUGCUCAAUGAUUGAUAAAUUGGAAAAUGAUUUGGACCAAAUGGAAUCCUUGGUAACUUUGAUUGCAGACAAGACUGCAAUAACACAAGUGCCAUUUUCAAUAGUAAGAUCAAAAAGCAUUGGAUAUGUUUCUUUGUGUGGUUAUGAAGGAUUCUCACGUGAUGUGUUUCCUUCUCUCAUUUGGUCAUGGAUGUCACCAACAAAUAAUUUCUCAUCUCAAGUUGAAACAUGUAUGGAUUUGGAACUUGUUUCCUCAGAUGUAGGAAAGCUUCGAAGUUUGCAAGUGGAAUGCAACUCAGAUUUUCAACUAGCUGAAGGUAUUGCAAGAAUUUUGGACACUCUAUAUGCAACAUAUUACAAUGAAUUAGAAGCAACACCAACUACAUCACAAGUCUCAAACAUGGGAAGUUCAUCCAUAAUUAGUAUUUGCAAUCAAUUUCAAAUGAAUGGAUUAGUCAAGUCUCUUCUAGUUGAAGUGGGAGUCAAGAACCAAGUCAGCAACAUUCUUAGGGAGAGAGUUUUUCAGAAAUUGAGCACCAAUGAGCAUGACAAUUAUUUGUUGCCGGGUGACAAUUAUCCUGAUUGGUUGACCUUCAAUUCUGAUGGUGCUUCUAUAAUUUUCAAUGUCCCUCACGGGAAUGGACGUGACUUGAAGACAAUGACAAUGUGCAUUGUUUAUUCUUCUUCUACAGACACCAUCUCACUAAAAUGUCUCAAGAAUGUGUUGAUAAUAAAUUACACAAAAUCUACCAUUCAAGUGUAUAAGUGUGACACACUAGCUUCUCUUGAAGAUGACGAGUGGCAAAGCAUAAUUUCAAGUUUGGAACCCGGAGACAGAGUUGAGAUUGUGAUUGUUGUUUAUGGGACAGAAUUUGUUGUGAAGAAGACAUCAGUUUAUCUCAUAUAUGGUGACCCAAAUAAUGAAGAUAGGGAUGCUACCGAUAUGCCAGAAGAUAAGAAUGUUAUUAGUUUUGGCAAAGCUAAAAAUAGAUUUCAUGGACCUUUGUCUCUCGCCUCCGUUCUGGUCUCGCCGCUGUUCUGGAUUGGUGUUGCUGGUUUUCUAAUUUGGAAACAUUGCCUAUCUGACAAACGAAGAAGACAUGGAUGCAUCAAAUUUUCAAAUCAUGAGAAGACUUUUCCAUUUCUAUUGUAGUAGACCAGAAGUAUCAAUGAGGAAAUUAAAGAGGAAGGUAGCUUGCUAUGAAAACACUCAAAAUUUGAUCUGUUAUGCGACCUUUAAAAGGGAAAAAAAAUAGUUGUUGAAAAGAGCUCU